CCCCCCCCACACACACACACACGCACACAAUAAAAGACCUCCCUAAAUAGCAGACCUCCCUUGAACUCCUAUUGUAAAAGUUAGAAUAAAAGACUCCCUCCUAUUUUUCACAUUUUUACUUAUAAGUCAAACUUCAUUGUUACCGAAACUAUUCGUUAUAAACGCUAAACUAGACUUCCCUUCCACAAAGCACAUAAACGAUAUUUAUUAAUAUAUAAUUAUUACGACGAAAGAGAAAGAUCUAAUGUUUUAUUCCACAAUGUUUAUAUUAAGCAGUAUGGGAACCGAUCUUGGAAAGGCUAUAAAAAACAGUCUCGAACGUUAUCAAUUAUCCAUAUAAAAUCUCAAUAAACACUGAUUUUUGACAAGAUUAUGUAUCCUGCAUGUUUCUCAGGUUUAGCGAAGAAAAUUGAGAACAGAGUUAUGGAGUAAUCGAAAAAUUCAUAAUAAAUAUUUUCUACUGGAAGCAAAUUCUCUUUUUCACUGAAACACACUUAAAUGUGCACAUGCAACGAUGUAUUUUUCAUUUUAUGCUUGUGUAACAUGUUUUGAAUUUUCUUUCCUGCAAAAAGAAUUGUUGCAAACAACGAGAAAAACAAUUUAGUUACAAAAAUUAAAUAAAAACAUGCUAAUCCUUACCAAAAACAACAUUCUUUCAGGGACACAAUAGAAGACUCGCCUAAAAACUUUAUUCUUGAGGAAAGAAUAGAAGAUCCGGGUAUUUUAUUGUGUCACUCCCUUUAACAGAUCCGCUCCAAGCUUGCAGAAAGAUGUCGGAUUUUAAGGAAACUGGAAGAAAUGUGAUGCAAUUGUGGUUGAGAUUAUAUCUGCACAAAGUUUAAAAGAUUUGAUGGGUAUUCCGUCAGGACCCAUUGAUUUUUUAUUUUUGAGUUUCGAUAUAGCAGAAAAGACAUCAGAAACAUGGAAUGUUAUUUCGAAAAGUUCUGGUGAGUUAGGCCGAGUUCUAGCUGGAGAUGUUACUGACUCGUAAGCAUUGGAGAAAUUUGUUUGAAAGAAAUAUGAUAGGAGGUCAGCUUUAGAUUCAUCGUUUGUUGCAGUAGAAUAAUUAUCUCGAAGAAUUACCGGCAAAUCACCUUCGGAUCCGCGAUAUUUAUCUAGAGAGAACCAAAACAUUUACUGUUUGACCAUGUUUCCAUUAUUGACUAGAAAAAAUUAUUUUUAUCGCUCCGAAGUGAUUGAAUAGAAAGAAAGAUUCCGGAGUUUUUUAUAAACUUGGUAGAGCUGUGGGAGAUGAUGUUUAUGUCAUGAUGUGCCUCUCUUACGGUUUAAAAAGGUUCUGAAAAUUUUUUAGCAUAAGUACGCAUGAAUAAAUCCCUAGAAAGGUAUAUCAACAAUUGUUAACAAGAAUGCACAAAAUAUACUAACAUUUGUUUGAGUAACGACUCCAAUUACUUUUACCAGUUAUUUUCGUGUACUUUUGGACAUAUGAAAGGUGUAACCAAUAUGAACACAAAAAUAGGUGUAAAAUCCAACUGGCAUGAGUAAUUCGACCAUUGAUCACUAAUGACGUUGUCGGGUGCUAACAGUAUAAUACAGCUGUUAGUCCUAUUAAUAACAUUAUCAUUGUUGACAUAAUGCAUAAAACAAAUCGAAAAUCGGCAAUAACACAAUUGUAUUGGUAUACAUACCCUAGUGAAAGUACUCAUACGAUGAGUACGACUUUACUCAUAAUUCAUCAUGGAGUACUCAUAUUAGUACUACUGAUAAUUUUUGAAUAUUGUUACUCAGUGAGUACUCAGAAAAUAUUCAUUCACCGUUUUAUUUUGCUCAACUGAAACUGUAUAAAGAACGUAGAAUGUAGUGAAGAAACAUAGAAUAUUUAUAUUAUUAUUUCCUCACUGGUCUCUCUGUGUAUAGUCAUGGAUAGAGUCGUCUAUGACUAGACUUGUAAUUCUACUCUGACUGCCUGAGAUCACUCCUCUAUAUGAAAAUAUCAGAUGAACAAUACUCAUGAGUAAUUUGUCAAAAGUUAUAUGAACAAUACCCAAGCAUGAGCACUCAAAGUCGUACCCAUAGUACUCGUUACCCACUCAUGAGUGCUCAUGAGUACUCGGGACAUUUUUCAGCAGAGUACGACUUUGAAUACUCACACUUGAGUACAUUCACUAAGGAAAAUGUUAAAAUUUCAGAGAAAUUAGUUAUUUAGACUUUUUAAAGAACUUCUUCUGAAAUUCUCAAAAACCUUUGUUGGCAAAAACAACAUGGACUCUGAGAUGCAGAGAACUUGAUCUAUCCAUCCAUGUGUUUAGUUCACUAUCAAGUUUUUAUGAAAAAGUGUAUAUUUCCGUAAGAAAGACGUCCCUUCAACGUUUGAGGUGGUUUGAGUCCGAAUGUACUGUAGGGUUGAUACAACCUAAGAGAAUUGCGAUUUGCGUGUCUAGAUGUCGCUGCAAAUAGAACAUUGGUGAUUGUCGUAAAGUUUAAAAUUUAUUAAAUAAUUGGAUUAUUUUGUCUCGUCCAAAUCCACGUAUGAAUCAUAAUCAUCGUUAUUAUGGAUUCGUUCACAGACAGUUCUAAAUAUAUAUGAAUAGAAGAAUACUAAAACUAUAAAACUAUAUAGUGUUAUGUGCACUCUGAGCUCGAUACCAAAAUUUACAAUACCAGUACAUUUUUUUCCCUAAUUCACAUUAGAAACACUGAAUGCGGUUGCUCGCUUGCUCCCAAUCUUCGUUUCAUAUAAUUCCUCAUUUUUUACAGUUAAAUCUUACCUUUUAUACCGAAAAUUGAACAGGAAUCAUGCUUAAGGGUUCGGUCUGUCACUUAUUAAUGGUUCUGUAGAAAAAGCUCACUCAAGUAUCAACAAAAGUUACUCGUUCUUAACUUUUUUAUAAAGAAUUCGCCCGAUGCUUAUUUGGUUCAGGUCUUUGCUUCGUCUUAUCUUCUUGCUAUAUUAGGAGAGUUCUUCUUAUUUCAUGGGCAUACUUAAGAGAAAAAUUAAUUAGAGCAUACAGGUCAUUUAUAUUCUUAUAAAAAGCACUCCCAUCCUUAUAUUGUUUGUUUUUCCAAUUCUAGAAUGCUGUAUAUUUUUCAUGAUUAGAUACUGAAUUAUUUCAUGUACAAAAUUAGAAGAAUAUAUUUAUAUUUUUAUUUGUAAAAUAUAGGUAAAACUACCACAGUUAUUUGCUGCUCUAAUAAAAAUGGCAAAAUAUGAUUUUUCACGCGAUCGUGAGCGUCGUGCUGGUUUUGAUGAUAUGACCUACAUUGGCCAUGUACUCAUUGCUGUUAAUCCGUACAAAAGUGUUGAUUAUUGUCGUGAUACAUAUAUGGAGAAGUAUCGUGGGGCGACUCAAAUGGAUAAUGCUCCACAUAUAUUUGCCGUUGCCGAGGAUAUGUACAGUAACAUGUUGAUCGAUAAUGAAAAACAAUGUGUCAUCAUCAGUGGUGAAUCGGGGGCUGGGAAGACAGUUUCUGCAAAGUUCAUUAUGGGAUACAUCGCUGAAGUCUCAGGUGGUGGCCAAAAUGUUAAAACUAUUAAAGAGGUUAUUUUACAAUCAACACCUUUAUUAGAAGCAUUUGGCAACGCUAAGACCAUUCGUAAUGAUAAUUCAAGUAGAUUUGGUAAAUAUGUUGAAAUCCGUUUUUCGCGUGGAGGUGAACCGUAUGGUGGGGUAAUAUCAAAUUUCUUGCUUGAAAAGUCUCGUGUUGUGUUCCAAGCUGAAAAUGAACGAAAUUUUCACAUAUUCUAUCAAUUACUAUCAAAUAAAGACUUUCGCCAGCAAUAUUCACUAUCUCCUGAUCUACGUUUCCAAUAUAUAAACAAUAUUGACUCAUUUCGAGUGGCAAAAAUUGACGAUACAAAAGAUAUGCUUGAUACUCAACGUGCAAUGAAUAUAAUUGGUUUAUCAAAAGAAAUACAAAGUGAUAUAUUUAUGUUGUUAGCGGGAAUUUUACAUUUGGGAAACGUACAAUUUGGAGAUAAAAAUAACUAUGCUACAGUAUUGUACGAUCGAGAUUUACAACCUCCAUGUACUUAUUUCGGUAUACAACUAGAUUAUUUGAAAACAAAAUUAAUAUCAAAACGUUUAGAAUUUAAAGAACAUCAAGAAAAUAAAAUGGUCGAUCAAGCAUUUACCGUUGAAAAAGCCAUAUUCACACGUGAUGCAUUAGCCAAAUCUAUUUAUUCUCGUAUAUUUGAUUAUUUAAUACAAUCAGUAAAUCAAGCAAUGUAUACCAAAACGGAUACAGAUUUAUCGAUUGGAAUAUUGGAUAUAUAUGGAUUUGAAAUAUUUAAGAAAAAUAGUUUUGAACAAUUUUGUAUUAAUUUUGUUAAUGAGAAAUUACAACAAAUAUUUAUUGAAUUAACAUUGAAAGCUGAACAAGAAGAAUAUAAACGUGAAAAUAUUCAAUGGAUACCAAUUAAAUAUUUUAAUAAUAUUGUUGUCUGCGAUUUAUUUGAAGCAAAACAACCUCCAGGCAUGUUUCUUUUAUUAGAUGAUGUUUGUGCAUCAUCUCAUGCCACCACUGAAAGAGUCGACAAAAGUUUUCUACAUAAAUUGACUGGUAUUCCUAGUCAAUAUUUAAUGGUAUCUGAACCAUGUUUUACCGUUCGACAUUAUGCUGGAGAAGUUCAAUAUAAUGCAGAUCAAUUUUGUGAAAAAAAUCGGGAUAUUUUAAAUAUUGAUUUGAUAGAAAUGAUGAAAACAAGUACAAAGCCAUUUGUCGCUAGUUUAUUCCCGGAACAAACAGCACAAAUAAAAGCGCGACCGUCUACAGCUGGCACAAAAAUUCGAAAUCAAGCAAAUCUUCUUGUCGAUAAACUAAUGAAAUGUCAACCACAUUAUGUUCGUUGUAUAAAGCCGAACGAUACUCAAUCCUCGAAUGUGUGGGACUCUUCCAAUGUUGUUGAUCAGGUAAAAUAUUUGGGACUUGUAGCCAAUAUUGAAGUACGAAAAGCUGGAUUUGUUUAUCGACGUGAAUUUAACAAAUUCUUAAAUCGUUAUGCCAUAUUAACAAAACAAACUUGGCCAAAAUGGAAUGGCAAUAUGAAAGAUGGAAUAAUGCAUAUUAUUGAUCAAAUCCACAUUGAUCGAAAAGAAGUACAAAUGGGUGUAACGAAAGUUUUUAUCAAAUCGCCUGAAAGCUUGCAUCUACUUGAAGAUAUGCGUUUGAGAAGAUUUGAUAAUUACGCUCGUAUUAUUCAAAAAGCUAUGAAACGAUUUUGCGCUGUUCGUGUUUAUCAACGACAACGAGAACAGGCAACCGAUUUAUUAUAUGAUAAAAAAGAACGUAAUGCUCGCUCACUUGAUCGUGAUUAUCUUGGCGAUUACUGCAAUUUACACUUACGUCCAGAUCUUCAAAAACUCGUUCCUCGCAAUGAAAAAAAUGAAUUUAGUUCUUAUUUGUACAAAUAUGAUAGAAGAUUCCGUCGACAAGGACGCUAUUUAAUUGUAACAAAUCAAGCAAUUUAUCUGAUCGAUGAAGAAUGUGUAAAAGUCGGAAAUGCAAAGUCCGGCACUGUACAAUCGAAGGGGGGAAGACAACAAGAAGGCUUUAUGCUACGAUAUAUAGUCAAACGUCGAAUACCACUUGAAACAAUUACAGAAAUUAAAAUGAGUGAAUAUCGUGACAAUUUUUUUCUAUUAUGUGUAUCGAAUGAUUAUGCAUCUCUUCUUGAACUGAGUAGUAAAACAGAAUGUUGCUCGAUUAUAUCAAAAAAUUAUAUGAAAAAAACAAAUCGUACCUUAAAUAUAUCAUUUGGACAAGGAUUUGAUUAUACUGUGAAAAAACAAAAGUUGAGCGCUGGUGGUACACGCAGUUUGAAGUUUUUACAUGCAGCAACAAAUGCAUUGUUAGGAACUAGUCAUAUUGAUACAAAUAAAUUAAAGAAAGCAACGGAUAUGCCGCGUAAUUAUGACGUAAAAAUUAAUGGAAAAACAAUGACCGUCAUGGUGUCGAGUGGUUUACCAAAAAAUUCUAGACCAAAUCAGGCUAAUGCAGAACGUCCUCAAGGUUUACAGUUUAAAUCACAAAACAAUUUAACAAAAAAUGGAAAAAGUGCAUCUUGUCCACCAAUAAAACCCCCACGUCCUUUAGCAAGUAAACAACCAAAACAAAAACGUCUGCUUACAUUAUAUGAUUUCACUGCUCGAUCUGCCGACGAAUUAUCAUUUCCAGCCGAUGUGGAGUUGUUAUUAGUAGAUAAUUCUGAUUCUACUUGGUGGAAAGCGGAGUAUAAGGGUUUAGUAGGUGUUGUCCCAAGUAAUUAUGUUGAAAUUAUAAACUGA